AUGUCGCAGCCCAGCGCCACCCGGCCUGAGCGCGCCCUGCUCGCCGCGCUCAAGACGGACAACCCCGACAUCGAUGAGUACCCGGAGCGCUACCUCCGCUGGGUCGCCGCCCGGCUCGCGCGCGCGCUCGAGUCGGACGAGACGGGUCAGUUUGCGGACCGCGUGCGCGCCGUCUGCUUCAACCUUCCAAAGCCGCACAACCACGAGCGACGCCGCGCGCUCUGCAACCGAACGGCUCCGCCUUCGUCCAUCUGCGGACUGCGUGGCGACUCGUGGGCGUCGAGCGACCGGCGGGCGGAGCGUCGCGCCGAGAGCGCACGCCGGCUGAGGCAGCGAAUCGUGACCGACACCGCGGCGGUGCGGACGCGGGCGGUGGCGUGCGGCGCGUGCGGCGCAAUGGACGCGAUGGCGACGGCGGUUGGCGACCAGCGCGAGAGCCGCAAGGGCGAGACGUGGGGCUCAAAAGACCACGAGGAAGCGUCGCACCGCGUGCGGCUGCAGUGCAACAAGUGCGGCGCCGUGUGGCACGGCGGCGACGACGCGCUCCUCUUCUGCGACGAGGAGGAGGAGGCUGCGGCGGCGGCGGCGUCGGAGGGCUCUGGCACAGACAAUGUAUUGCAAGGGCCCGGCGCUGAGGCGGCGGCCGCGCGAUCGCCGCCCUCCUCCUCAGCAGACCGCGCCUCGCAGCAGCCCUCGGCGGAGAUCUCUCCCGCCGCCGCACUCGCUGCCGCCGCCGCACCCGCACCCGCUGCCGCCGCCGCGCCUACGCUGCGCGGAGAUCUGCCGCUGCCCAGCCGCGCCGCCGGACUGCGUGGGCUGCGGAGCGCGCUGCUGCGCGCCGCCGGACGGCUCGGCGCGGAGCACGACGCUUUCCUCGGCUCGAGCCCAGAGGAGCUCUCGGCGAGGCUCGAGGAGGAGGCGUGGAGGCGGGCGGCGGCGGGUGCGGCGCAGCUGCCGGCCCACGUCGAGCGUCUCGCGCGCCUUGCGCGCGCCAUCAGCAGCGGCACGCUCGACCGGCUGGCCACGGGCGAGCUCGGGCUGGCGCAGCUCCUCGACGCGGACGAGGAGGCGGCGCCUCUGCUCAAGGGCUCUGCCUUGACAGAGGCGCCUGGCGUGUCGGUGCGUGGGAUGGCUGUCAACCUGGUGACUGGUGGGCUCGGUGCGGGCAUCCUGACGCUGCCGUGGGGGAUGGCUGGCGCGUCAGUCCUCACGGCGCUGCUGCUUACCGUGCUGGUUGUCGUGCUCAACGGCUUUACCAUCAUGAUCCUUGAACAUCAGAGGUUCGACCUGGGCGCCUUGCUAGCGCUACUGCCCGGCCGUUGGCUCGGGCCAGUGACGCAGGGGUUCUGCAACGGCCUGGUGUGGGUCGUUAUCUGGAUGGCCCUGGUGGGCUACAUCAUCGUGGUGCAGGACUGCAUGACGCCGCUGAUGCCGGCGGGCACAAUGCUCGCAGUGGUGCUCCCGCUGAGCCUGACGGACCUGAAGUUCCUCUCGUCGACAUCAACCUUCAGCGUCGGCGUCAAUUUUUACCUCUUCGCCCUGCUCUGCGUCCGCCUCGCUUUGGACGGCGUCUCGCCCGAAGGCGUCUGUCUGAUAGCGAGCGUCGCGCCGCUGCCGCCUGGUGCCAUCGCCUUCUUCGCCGUGAUGAUGUACUCUGUUAUUAUCCAAAUGUGCAUCCUGCCGAUGUAUCGCGAACUGCAGGAGCGCAAUCCUCCUGACCGUAGCCCAGACCGCUUCCAGACCGCGCUCGUUGGUAGCUUUGGGACGCUCAUCGCGCUGUACGCUGCCUUCGCCACGGUGGCGUACCUACACUUCGGGCCGCACGUCUCGGACAACGUGCUCCGCGACUUGGGAGACAGCUUCUGGGGCAACUCGGCCCGCGCCGCUAUGGCGCGCGAUCCCUCUUCAGAUGCGGCGGUGGUCGUCUGCGUCUACCCCAUCAUGGUCAAGCCAAUGCUCGCGCCGGUGGAGGCGAUGGGUGCGGGGCGGGUGCGGCUGGCGGCGGGAGUCAUCGUCGCGAGCGUCAUGGUCUGCGCCUGCUACGUCUCCAACCUCGGGUUCGUCAACGCCAUUUCCGGCACCGUCAGCGUGAGCGGGUUUGUCGCGCUGGCGCCGGGCGUGGUGGGGCUCUACCUGUACGGCACCGCGGCACAGCGCGCGCGCACGAGCUGGAGGGUGGCAAUGCACGCGUUGAUCUGGUUUGGCCUGCUGCUCUCGGGCGUCGGCAUGUUUUACCAGGGCAACUACGCCACCGCGCUCGAGCAAUACUGCUGGUGGAGCAUAGGGCGCCGGGAGGUGGGCGAGUGA